ACUAAUAAUGAGCAUAUAUAUAGACAUUGCAAUUGGUGAUUGGAAACCCUAGCGUUUGCGGAGAGACGAAGAGAUUCAGCUUGCGUUGGGCAAAACCCCAGACGAAGAUCAGAGCUUUCUUAAUCUCUUAGCUAUGGCGACUGGUAAAACUGUGAAGGACGUCUCCCCUCAUGACUUUGUGAAGGCUUACGCUUCUCAUCUCAAGCGAUCUGGGAAGAUCGAGCUUCCAACAUGGACAGACAUUGUGAAGACCGGUAAGUUGAAAGAGCUUGCCCCAUAUGAUCCAGAUUGGUACUACAUCCGAGCUGCAUCUAUGGCAAGGAAGGUUUACCUGAGGGGAGGUCUUGGUGUCGGUGCUUUCCGUAGAAUCUAUGGUGGGAGCAAGAGAAACGGUAGUCGCCCACCACACUUCUGCAAAAGCAGCGGUGGAAUUGCCCGCCACAUCCUCCAGCAGUUGGAGACGAUGAACAUUGUUGAGAUUGACACCAAAGGAGGAAGAAGAAUCACUUCCAGUGGGCAACGGGAUUUGGACCAGGUUGCUGGACGUAUUGCUGUGGAACCCUGAAGAUCUGAAUGUUGUUUUUAGUUCUUCUUCUACUUUUGAUGCCAAUGUGCUGUUUUUAGUGUUUAUCUUUUCUCUUAAGAACUAUUUCAUUGCUCAAGACUGCACUCAUAAUGUUCAGAAAUUUUUCAUAUUUCGUUGGUGGCUUUGGACAUCUAAAUCUUAUCUUCUUCUUCCGUUUUU